GUCUUUCCUGUUUAUGCCAUGUUCUUCAUCAAAGAAUUGACACAUACCAUCCUGCUCCACCCCUCGUAUUUCGGUCCUCGCAUGCUCAACUUCCUCGAAUCCAAACUUUAUGCGGACGUUGAGGGUACUUGUUCUGGCCAAUUUGGCUACAUCAUCGCUGUCGUCUCUAUACUCGACAUUGGCAAAGGAAUGGUCUUGAGCGGCAGUGGUCAAGCUGAAUUCAUCACCCGAUACCGGGCUAUCGUUUUCAAGCCAUUCAAGGGUGAAGUUGUUGAUGGCGUUGUGAGCAACGUGAACAAGAUGGGAUUUUUCGCGGAUGUAGGGCCACUUCAAGUAUUUGUAUCCCACCAACUCAUCCAUCCCGACCUCAAAUUUGAUUCAAAUUCGAAUCCGCCUUCAUUUGCGUCUGCGGAUCAGAUCAUCGAAAAAUCUACUCACGUUCGACUGAAGAUUGUCGGAACUCGUGUAGAUGCCACCGAAAUUUUUGCCAUUGGAACAAUUAAGGAAGAUCAUUUGGGGGCUCUUAAUUAG